GUCGACCAUCAGGGAUCCUCAGUACAAAACCACCCCCCGGAGCUAGCGGUAGUUUAUCGCGGUGGACGAUGGAACGCGGAUACUUCACGCGACUCGACCGAAAAUUCUAUCGGCAAACUUUAUCAAAAGUGCAACUUGGGCGAUGAAGAAAACUAUUUCUUCCAUUAAAGUUUCUUGAAGUUUCAAAUCGCGAAUUGGUAAACCGAGUUUUUGAUUUUGUUUUGCCGCGUCUUCAGCGCGUCGUUUCAACGUUCGACGACGCGAAACGAACACGUGGGGUUGACCUUCAAGAAACCACAGCUUCGUGUUACUUUAAUACUCAGCCGAAACGUUUAGUGCAGUGUAAUUAGGAUUUACAGAAUUUCGCGCGCGCGCGAACAUUUAAUACAAAAUGACGUUCCUCUAUCAUAUGUGUCAUCAUACGGAACUGAAAAUAUAAUAUAAUCACUAAAUCGGUUACGAAACUUUUCAAUGAGAUAAACGUGAUUUUAAAACGGAAUAGAAUUCCAAAAAUAUGUUUGCUACGAUCACUUUGUACGCGCGAGCAAUUUACCCGAAGACGUUGACAGUCGCAUUUUCAAACAAAGUGAAAACAGGGUGAUUUGCGCAUACUUUAGUUUGCCGAGUUCAAUCCUGCUGCGAGAAACAAAUGUCGCAGGGUUUGCGAUCUACGUUGUAAAAGUCAAUUGCAUUUCCGCGUUGAUACAUUGCUCGAUCAUCGCGUUCUUAAUAUAGUGUUCCCCAAUUUAGCUUGAAAACCGAUAAAAAGUGAACAAGCGUGCUUCGUGCGCAGCCAAAUCUACAAAUGAUAUUAUUGACGAUUAUCGCAGGAUCGGUAUUUCGCUUACACAUUUUCAAUAAUUUGAACAAAGCUCAGUAAACGAAACGUCGCGUUAACAUUUUCCUAUGGAAGAAGUGCGGCAAGCUUCUAAGACUUAUCCCUUCGAGAUCUUUCAAUUCUUAAGAUUUUUCAGAAUUCAAGGGAAAAUCCGAAUUGAAUAAUAAUGCCGUGAAAAAGGGAAGGAACAAUGCAUAGGCGAAUCGUCAAUUGUGAAUGCUCGAUGCUGUUCGGUUGCGAGAAUGAGCCUCUCGGAAAGAAAAGAUAUUCUCGGAAUCUUCGGCGCAGACAAAGAUCGCGAGACCCUUACGAUGACAUUAGAAUUCUACUAAGGCAAUCCACGUCGGCUUUAUUAUCGCUGUAAUGUACGUGUUACGAGUUCCUAUUUCAUCCAAUCGGUCGAGUCGGCCUAACAAGUUUAUCGUAACGCGGUAAGAGAGACUUCGCAUGAUUCUGGAUCGCGCGUUCAAUCGCGAGUCGAUCUUUUGGCCUUCAAUAUGAAACCGGAAAUCGCGAACGCGAGCGACGCGCUGCUUAAUUGCAGCACGCAAUUCACUUCGCUUACGGACGAUGUCGAGGCCUGUAGGCAACACGAAUUCGAAUACGAACUGGUGCACAGUAUCGUGGUGGUGGUGGUGCCAUUAUUCUUCGGCAUAAUCGGAAUCCUCGGACUCGCCGGGAAUUCGCUGGUGGUCUUGGUGGUGGCGGCGAAUCCAGGAAUGAGGUCGACCACGAACAUCCUCAUCAUCAACCUCGCCGUGGCUGAUCUGCUGUUCGUCAUAUUUUGUAUACCGUUCACGGCCACUGACUUCGUACUGCCGUACUGGCCGUUCGGCAAUGUCUGGUGCAAAAUCGUCCAGUAUUUAAUCAUCGUCACCGCUUACGCGAGCGUUUACACCCUGGUCCUCAUGAGUCUCGACAGGUAUCUAGCGGUAGUCCAUCCGAUUGCGUCGAUGACCUGGAGGACGGAGAAUCACGCCAUACUGGCGAUCUGCGUCGCGUGGGUGGUGAUCCUGGCGUUGUGCACACCCGCUCUCGUGAUCCACGGCGAGAUUCGCUACGUGUUCCAGGAAGUGGAAAGCCCGUCGGAGAAUCUGACAGUCUGCCGGAUUCUGGAGCAGUACGAUUGGACCUCCUUCCAGGUGUCCUUCUUUCUAACGAGCUACGUGUUGCCCCUGGUGCUGAUAGUCAUUUUUUACAUGUCUAUGCUGGCCAAGCUGUGGCGCGGCGCGCGCGUCAGCGCCGAGAGCCGACGCGGGAGGAGACGGGUCACCAGGCUCGUCUUCGUCGUUGUUGGCGUGUUCGCCGCCUGCUGGUGCCCUAUACAGGUGAUACUGGUGAGCAAGUCCCUGGACGUGUACCCGCUCACUACGGCGACGGUAAUGGUGCAGAUAGUCAGUCAUAUCUUGGCCUAUACCAACAGCUGCAUUAAUCCCUUUCUGUAUGCCUUCUUGAGCGACAACUUCCGCAAAGCCUUCCGAAAGAUCAUUUAUUGCAGGCCACGGAUGGAGCAUAACAAUCGACUGGGACCAGCGACGAGAACCACGAGAGCUGCCAGUACCGGCGAUAUUCUUUAGACGCAAUCCACCGACGACGGAGCUGAUCGGCGCACGUCUUUUCUCGCCAUUGUUUAAAACGAAUGCUUAUGGUCUAUAGAAUAUUCGAUGUUUGAUGUCAUCUAGCAAAAUAUAUCGAAAACGCAUGUUCUCGAUCCUUUCGUCAAACGUAUGCAUUAAGCUAUACAGAUGUAUAAGAUGGACCAUGCACGCUAUAUAUUUUCUAGGUUUUCCAUUGGAUUUUGCAGAACGAUAAGAAAAGCAAAAUAUAGGAGCUAUCUGUCCCUCAUUGUCCUCUACUAUCAGCCGUGACUAUCAACGUUGCGCAUCUAAUCUAAGAUCAAGAAAAGGACAGACUCCUCCGUUUUACCUUUUGUACUCUCUGCCAAGAACAGAUAUAUAUAUAUAUAUAUAUAUAUAUAUAUAUAUAUACAGGGUGUUCAUAUAUAAAUGGUUGUACCCACUUUUUAC